AUGUCUCUAGUCCUCAUGCUCACCUCACUCCUCGUCCUCGUGCUCAUCCUCCCGGCCGGCGCCGGAGCCGGCGCCGGGGGUGACGCCAGGCGCGCGCUGCACGAGCCGCUCUUCCCCAUCGAAUGGACCCCGCCGCCGUCCACCACGGCGCCGCCGGCACCGGGCUUCGCCGCCGACCCUUCCACGCCGGUCCCGCCCGUCGACAACGGCGGGCCCGCGCUGCUCCCCGCGCCGCCGCCGCCGCCGGACACCAUCACCGCAGACGCUUCCUCCUCCCGCACGGGUCCGGCCCCGCGCUCCCGGGGUGGCGGCGGAGGGACACCCAAGGCCGCCAUCGUCGUUGCCUCCGCUGCAGCGGCGGCCGUCCUCGCACUGCUCGCCUUCGCCGCCGCGUUCCUCCUCACGGGCCGCCUCGCCCGCCACUCCGCGCAUACGCACAAGCCCCUCGGCCUCGCCGCCGCCGCGCACCCUGGGCCUGCCUCCGCCGUCGUGCUGCACGCCGACGCCGUGGGCACCUCCGCGGCGGGCUCGUCGUCGGGCGCCACCCCGUACCGGAAGGUCCGCUCGGAGCGCGCGCGGAGGGGCAUGUGCCGCGACGUCGACACCGUCCCGAGCCCGGAGCUACGGCCGUUACCGCCGCUGCGGCGCGCGGGGUCGUCCGACGAGGACGCCGCGUACUACACGCCGGGCCAGCGCUCGGCGGGUUCCGGCGGUGCCGAGGGCGUGGGGACGUGGAGCGAGGCUAGCGCGUCCAGCCCGCGCACCACCACCCCGUCCCGCCGCAGCCUCCCCAGCCUUACCAGCGACUUCUUCCCCCCGACGCCCGCCGCUGCAUCCGUGGCGCCCCCACCUCCCGCCCCUCCUGUUCCCCGCUCCCGCCGCACUCUGCCACGCACCCGCUUCUCCGCCGGCUCUGCCUCUGACAUGAUCAAACAAAUGGUCUCGCCACCCCACAACCCACCACCGCCACCCCCUCCGCCUCCACCACCUCUACCGGCGCCAAGAUGCAACAAUGCUACUCCUAAACCUCCGCCGCCACCGCCGGGGCCACCCGGUGGCCUAUCAGCACGCCGGCUGCUGAAACCAGAGCAAACUGAGGGGCCAAGUGUCACUGCGCCGAGAGCGCCUUUCACGUCAGUGAAGAGGGACAAUGACGGCAUGCUAAUUCGGACGCAGGAUGAUGCUGCCGUUGAUGAAGCCCGGCCGAAGCUGAAGCCACUGCACUGGGACAAGGUCCGGGCAUGCUCCAACCGCGACAUGGUCUGGGACCGGCUCAAGUCCAACUCAUUCCAGUUGGAUGAGGACAUGAUCGAGGUGCUUUUCACGAACAAUGCGGCAAAUGCACCUCCUAGGGACACACCGAAGAAAGCUGGAGUGCCACAAUGUAGGUCUGAAGAGAAGGUCCUUGACCCCAAGAAGGCACAGAACAUUGCCAUCCUUCUGCGUGCACUGAAUGUGACCCAGGAGGAGGUCUCCGAUGCACUGCUAGAUGGCAAUGCUGAAUGUCUGGGGGCUGAUCUGUUGGAAACCUUAGUAAAGAUGGCUCCUACUAAAGAGGAAGAGCUGAAACUUCGAAACUUUACUGGGGACUUAUCAAAGCUGGGUUCGGCAGAGCGGUUUCUCAAGGCAGUGCUUGAUAUACCUUUUUCCUUCAAAAGAGUUGACGCUAUGCUCUAUCGAGCCAAUUUUGAGAGCGAAAUAAAUUACCUGAAGAAAUCUUUUGAAACAUUAGAGGCCGCUUGUGAUGAUUUGAAAGGCAGCAGAUUGUUCCUGAAGCUACUUGAAGCUGUUCUGAGAACUGGGAAUAGAAUGAAUGUUGGCACAAACCGGGGUCAGGCAAAAGCCUUCAAGCUCGAUACCCUCCUAAAACUCGCAGACGUCAAAGGUACUGAUGGUAAAACCACCCUGCUACACUUCGUUGUUCAAGAAAUCGUCCGUUCUGAAGAUGCAAAAUCCGAGAAAGCUCCAGAAAGUCAAAGCAGAAAUAUAGUCAAAGAUGAACAGUUCCGUAAGCAAGGACUGAAAGUUGUAUCUGGGCUGAGCACUGAACUAGGGAAUGUCAAGAAAGCAGCUAGCAUGGACUUCGAUGUACUGCAUGGCUAUGUAUCCAAGCUUGAAGCUGGUCUUGGAAAGAUCAAGUCAGUCCUCCUGCUCGAGAAGCAGUGCACCCAGGGCCAGAAUUUCUUUGGAACGAUGCAUGAUUUUCUCAAGGAAGCUGAGAUGGAGAUCGAACAGGUCAGAAGCGAGGAGAAGAGGGCUCUGGGAAGAGUGAAAGAGAUCACCGAGUACUUCCAUGGGGAUGCCGCGAAGGAGGAAGCUCACCCGCUGAGGAUGUUCAUGGUGGUGAGGGACUUCCUGUCCAUGUUGGACCACGUCUGCAGGGAGGUCAGCCAGCAAGACCGGACGGUUGUUGGAUCUGCAAGGUCAUUCCGAAUGUCAACUGCCACGACGGCGAUGCUGAAUUUGCACAACCAGCAUGGAAGGGAGAGCAACUCCGACGAUGAGAGUUCGUCGCUUUAGGAAAUGUGGAUCAGGGAGGAAACACACUGAAUUUUUGAAAAAAACAGAACCACAAGAAUCCUAUAUAGAUGAAUACUGUUACAUUUUUUCAUAGCAAACCAAGCACAUAUGUAAUUUUGGUUUAAUAUAGGUGAAAUCAUGUUGUAUAAUUAUCGAUGGAUGGAAUUCUUUUCUGUACAAAAUAAAUAAGUUAUCGGGUAGUGCACCUCUUUUCUCGUUUCAAACCCGUUAGGACAGAAAUCAAGUUUACUUUAAGUCAGAUCAAGCGAACAACCAGCAAACAGAAAUUAGUGAUAAUUCAUUCUGCAAGACUGUCAAGAUUUGGAGAGAGGUUCUCAAAUUCCACUAGAGAUUUGGAGUGCAUUGACUUUCA